CCGCGGCUCCGGGAUGGGGACGGCGGCGGGGCUGCUCCUGCUGUGCUGCGGGGUGCUGGGGGCUCAGCGCGGUGAGAGCCCCCAAAAUCCCCGCGGUAUCCCCCUGCACCGAGCAUCCUGAUCAUCCCUUCCCAGGGGACCCGCUCCCUUCCCGAAAAUGGGACUUUAGAUGCUUUGACCAGUCGCUGUCACCCCCUCCAGCACACGCAGGGACAUCCCGGCAGUAGCUGCGCCUCACUCGUGUAAAAAUGAAACUUGUACUGAAUCUCUCCCUUUUUAGCGCUCGGAGAGGAUGGGAGCAUGGUGCAGCUGCCCGGAGGGACGUUCCAGAUGGGAUCCAGCUCCCUGGAGAGGAGGAGCGAGGAGGGGCCCGUCAGGGAGGUGACAGUGAAGCCGUUUGCUCUCGACAAACACCCGGUCACCAACAGGGAUUUCAGUCAGCCCCAUGGUGGCUGCCCAUCGAGAAGGCUUUUUGGAGACAGCCCUCAGGCCCUGGCUCCAGCAUAAAGGACAGGCUGGAUUACCCAGUGCUGCACGUGAGCUGGAACGAUGCUCAGGCCUUCUGUGCCUGGAAAGGGAAGAGGCUCCCGUCGGAGGAGGAGUGGGAAUUUGCUGCCAGGGGAGGACUGGAGCAAAGGAUGUAUCCUUGGGGAAACAAGUUCCAGCCAAACCGUACAAACCUGUGGCAGGGUGACUUCCCUCGGGGCGACACGGCUGAGGACGGCUACCACGGCGUCUCCCCGGUGACAGCCUUCCCUGCCCAGAACAGCUACGGGCUCUAUGACCUGCUGGGAAACACCUGGGAAUGGACGGCGUCAGAAUUCCCAGCUCCGGGACGGGCAUCCAGGGCUCAGAACAUGCAGGUGCUGAGAGGGGCCUCGUGGAUUGACACUGCAGAUGGCUCUGCAAACCACAGAGCUCGUGUCACCACCAGGAUGGGGAACACACCAGACUCAGCCUCUGACAACCUCAGCUUCCGCUGCGCUGCCGACGUCCCGCCCGUCACAGCCUGGAAAAGCCACACCAAACCCGAGCUCUGAGGGCUCACUGUGAACACCUGAGGCAUUUUCUCCUGUGGAGAUGAACAGUAACCCCCAGCUGUCACUUCCAUUAAACCCUGAUUGUUUUUAAAAUUCACAAUAA